UUUGUUGAUUUUAUUGACGUUUUGUCAGUAUAUUCGUCUUCGUUUGUAUUUGGUUAAUAUGUUCGUCGUAGAAUAUGAAAUAUAUUUAGUUGUGUUACACGAUAGUUAACAUAUUUGCACAUAAUUAUGGAUGACUGCAGGAUAUGUUUAAAGUGCGAAGGGGAUAAAGAUAUAUUCCAUUUAGAAGCCGAAAAAGUAAACGAAUCUAAGAAUUUCUUGGAAAUACUGGUUUUUUGUUUAGAUAUUGUUGUUUCACCAAACUUUAAACUUGGUAGAAAAAUAUGUUCAAAUUGUUACAGUAGAAUAAUUGAAUUUGAACAAUUUAAAACUCUUGCUUUACAAAAUAAUGCUUAUUUGCAAAAUUUACAAUUGAACGAGAAUAUAACAAACGAAGUAUUACUCGAAGAUGAAAUCAAAUGUGAAGAUAAUUCUGAUGAAAUUAGCAAUAACAAUGAAAUUGAUGUUAAGAAUUACGACAUGUUUUCAUCUGAUGACGAGUUCCUCAGUGUUAUCAAGCAGAUUAAGUGUGAAAAUGCUUCAGAAGAUACAAAAGAAAAUGACCCUGUCACAAAGGAAGUAUUCAAAAAAAAGAAAAAAGAAAAGUUGAAAGUUGAUAAAAAAAGGAAUCAAAUUUGUGAGCAGUGUGGAAAGACAGUUGCAAAUUUGAAAAGUCACAGGAGGCUUCAUAACUCUAUUGAUGAAAGGAAAUGCUUUAAAUGUAAAGUGUGUGAUAAAUCAUUUUCUAGCCAAAGUGCAAGAUACAGGCAUAAUAAAAUCAAACAUCUUGGUAUAAAAUCUCACUGUGAUAUUUGUAAUAAAGAGGUUGUGGACCUAAGAGCACAUAAAUUGGUGAUGCACAAUGCUGGAGACAUGCAAUAUGUAUGUGUACCUUGUGGCAGACGGUUCAUCUGCCAAUCAACAUUAGACUUACACUCUACAAUACACACAAAAGAAUUUGCCUAUGGAUGUGAUAUCUGUGAUAAGAAGUUCCGUUGUAAGAUUACCAUGAUGGCACAUAAGCGGCAAGUGCAUGACAAAGAGAAGUCGCAUCUUUGUCAAUUUUGUUCCAAAGGUUUCUUUAAGAAAUACCAUUUGCAGGUACAUUUGAGGAGCCACACAAAGGAAAAACCCUACCAAUGUCCGGACUGCAAGAAAUAUUUUGUGUCUAGCACCUCGCUGAAGACACAUAUGUUCCUUCACACCGGCCUCAAGAUGUUUGCUUGCAGGCUGUGCGAUAUGACGUUCGCCAAACCAGGGUACAUACGUGCCCACAUGAUAAGUCAUACUAAAGAGAAGCGUUACUCGUGCAAGUACUGCGACGCGCGCUUCGGCCGCUCUGACCACCGCAAGCGGCACGAAUUCAACGCGCACGAGCGGAACUAUGGCUUAACGAACAAGAAAUAAAGAUUAUAAUCGCAAAGCAUAAUACCACGACCUUGAUUGUUAU